UUAGAGCGAGGGAGGUCGCACCGCGGGGUGGGAAGUGGCCGCUGGGGUGUGGGUCCGGUCCAUCCCUUGUCAGGCCAUGGAGCUUAGCGGCCUACUGCGGGCCCUGAGGCUGGUGGAGCCGCGGGAUGGGACGCAACCACCCCCCGCUGUCCCGCCGGCCGAGCAAGUCCUCUUCCAGAUCGGGCUGCGCCUCUCCGAGGGGGCUGGCCGUGUCCCCAAGGCCGGCAUGGUCAGAGACCUGGGUGCGCUGGUCGAGGCUGCAGACUGUCGGUGGCUCUUUGGAGGCCUGAGCCCUGCGACGGUGGGUGAGUUGGUGGCUGCGCUGAAUGGCUACGCAGCACCCCCAACACAGGAGCAAGAUGCUGCAGAUCUCCCCAGUAAGGACAGCGCAUAUGCUGCUGCAGCUGAGAGAGCGGCAGAUGUUGGCUCAGUGUUUCUACACCUUCUUGCGAAGCUGGAGGCUGCCAAGACCCAGGAGGCUAUGGGCGUCCAGGUGGUGGGUCCAAUCCUGUGCCGUGUGAUGGGACCCAUCUACAUCUUUGCUGCAACACAUAUUGUGAAGAGGCCCUGGACAAAUGCAAGGUCUCAGUUGGUGGCACAGGAGGUGCUGGCAUUGCUGGUGCAGGCUGCAGGCUGUGGGUCAGUGGCUGAAUUCCUUCGGGGAAAGAAUGAGGAUGAGGAAGGAAGAUUUGCAGCAGUGAUGGGGCUCCUGAAACAGGAGCUAACCAAAGACACUUGGAAGCGUAACCCUGCCACAAAGUUUGUGUUCUCCUGGACCCUGCCUCACAUCACGCGGCCCUGGCUUAGCCAUUACCUGGAGCGUGUCCUCCCGCCAUCGCUGCUCAUCUCAGACGACUACCGGGAGGAGAAUAAAAUCCUGGGUGUGCGCUGCCUGCAUCAUAUCAUUCUGAAUGUGCCAGCUGCUGAUCUGUGCCAGUUCAACCGGGCUCAGGUUGUGUACCAUGCCCUUUACAACCAUCUCUACUCAAGAGAGGCCCCUCUCAUCCAGGCAGUAUUGCUGUGCCUUCUGGACUUGCUGCCGAUCCUGGAGAGAGCCCAGCGGCAGCAGAAGCAGGCCAGACCGACCGCCCCCUGCGAUGAGGUGCUGCAGCUGGUCCUGACCCACAUGGAGGCAGAGCAUCGCCUUGCGCUGCGGCGGGUGUACGCCAGGGCCCUGCCGGCCUUUGUGCGGAGACUUGGCAUCCUGAUAGUGCGGCACCUGAAGAGGCUGGAGCGAGUUAUCCUGGGAUAUCUGGAAGUCUGUGAUGGCCCUGAGGAAGAAGCCCGACUGGGAAUACUGGAGACGCUGCAAUGCACCAUAGAGCACGCUUGGCCCAGGUCCUGCUGGAAGGCGUGUACAGCAGCUGUGAGGAGAACCGUGUACGGGAAUGCAUCAGAAAAGUGCAAGAGAACACGUGACGCGUGGCUCAUCAACAUUCACCCUGCUUUUUGGAUAGUAAAAUUUAUUUUUUUAUUUAAAGUUACUGUCUUUCUCAUCCCACCUGUUAGCCCCAUACCUCCCCUGAGCGUGAUACGCUUGUGUGCUCGCCUGGCCACACGCGGGCUUCUCCAGCUUCAGAAUGAAGCAGCAGUGCCCCCCAGGCCGGGUUCCUUCCCGGAGCACAGUCCAAGCUGAGCCUCGUGUGGU